AAUUCUAGAACUGCUCAACCACGUACUUAUUUACAGAAACGAUGGAUAUACAGAUUAACUUAGAACCAGCUGAGAAACAACCUCUAAACUCCGAACAUGAAGGUGAAGGAAGCCGUGAAAACGGAAUUGACGUCCAACGUGACGUAUGGGCACGGAAGGCGGAAUAUUUACUGGCUCUUAUAGGUUUUUCCGUGGGUUUAGGCGUGGUUUGGAGGUUUCCUUACCUCUGUAUGCGGAACGGGGGAGGUGCUUUUUUGAUCCCGUUUUUCAUUUUUAUGGUAAUCUGCGGAUUUCCACUCUAUUUCCUGGAGUUGAGCCUCGGACAGUUUUCUGGGAAAAGUCCGUUGGUUGUGUGGUGUAUUUGUCCUCUGUUUCAAGGUUUGGGAUUUUGUAUGGUGACGAUCUCGUUCAUAAUUACCUGGUAUUAUGGCCUAGUGGUAGCUUGGAUCCUCUGCUACCUGUUUUACUCGUUCUACCCGACGUUGCCAUGGGCAUCGUGUGAUAAUGCUUGGAACUCCGACAGAUGUGUAGUCCUUCGUUCAGUCAGGCCUGAAAAUGCUUCCCGUUUUGCGUCAUCAAAUGAAAGCGUUUACUUGAACGUGUCGUAUGGAAUCAAUGUGUCGUAUGGAAUCAAUGCAAGCAUCAGUAACAAUACCUCAUCAUAUCCGAACCCAUCAAUGGACUUCUACCCAACCGCCGCUACGGAGUUUUGGAGAUACAGAAUUCUGGGCAUGUCCUCUGGCAUUGACGUGAUUGGUACACCACAAUGGCAUCUAGUACUGGCUUUGUUUGUCGCCACAUUAGUGAUCUUCUUGUGUGUUAUGAAGGGAGUGAGAUCAGUUGGUAAGGUAGCGUACGUGACCGCCACAUUGCCCUAUCUCCUUCUCACUGUAAUACUGAUAAGGAGCCUGACGCUGGAGGGAUCUCUAACAGGAGUCUUAUACUAUAUAAAGCCUGACUUCUCACGGCUCCUAACUGUAAAGGUAUGGUUUGAGGCAGCUCUACAGGUGUUUUAUUCACUAGGACCAGCCUAUGGAGGAGUCAUCACUAUGGCAAGUUAUAACAAGUUCCACAACAAGUGUUUAGGUGAUGCAGCUUUAUGUACCGCGAUGGAUUGUUUUAGCAACUUUUACUGUGGUUUCGUCGUAUUCAGCAUUCUAGGAUUUCUCGCUCAUGAAUCAGGAUUAUCAGUAGAGGACGUUGCGGAGGGAGGGCCGGGACUUGUGUUUCAGGUAUAUCCAGAGGCCCUAUCACGCAUGCCCUUGCCACAUUUAUGGGCCGUUCUGUUCUUCAUCAUGCUCCUCGCUGUUGGUCUUGAUAGCCAGUUUGCACAAUUGGAGACAAUCCUCGGAGGCCUGCGUGAUAUGUACCCAUCUACGUUUGGGAAGAGGAAAAACCUUCUGCUGAUGGUCAUGUUCUGUGUAUUUCUCUUGAUAAGCUUGAUAUUUGCAACACCGGGAGGAAUCUUUGUAUUUGCUCUCGUUGACUGGUAUUCAGGUGUUUACUGCAUUUUCCUGACUUCCUGUUUUGAAUGUAUUGUUGUCGCCUGGAUAUACGGUGCAGAACGAUUUAGCCGAGACGUAGAAAUGAUGACUGGUAGAAGAGUGCCUACAGCCAUUCGUCUUUCAUUGUGUAUAGUCACGCCAAUAGCUACCUUUGCUGCCUUCCUUGGAAGUGUGUUAUCACUGGACACUCCGAGGUAUAGCGAGUAUGUCUUCCCCCGGUAUACCGAGGUGAUCGGAGUAUUUAUAGCUCUACUCGCGGUGGUGCCAAUCCCCAUCAUAGCCCUUAAAGGGAUUCUGCAGGCCAAAGGACCCGUUACAAAGAGAUUUUCGGAUUUGUCACGUCCAAAUGUCGAAUGGAAACCGAGUGACAAGGCCGCCCAAUUGGUGUACAAAAAGUAUGAUCGUACAGACGGACUGUGGUCAACGUUCAAGACAAAUAUAGUCGAACGCAUUUCUGGAAGGAAUCGUCCUAUAGUUGCUCGCUUCAUUUAUAACGCAGAUCGACAAGCAGUGUUGGAAAGAGGCUACCUCCUUCGUGGAAAACAGUUUGGUAUAAGUGAGCAGUUUCCGGCAACGGAUGAAGAGCGUCGCAAGCCUCUUUACCCUGUAAUGAAAAGAUACAGAUCCAAAGGUUGCAGUGUAAAACUAGUUCGUAAUAAGAUGUACGUUAACGGCAGGUUGUUUGAUGGUUCUACGGAGGAAUUAGACAAAGAACUUGGUUUUCCAGAAAGACAUCAGACAGAAUCUAGACUUAACCGUGGUUCUUACAGAGAUGCUGUACAGGCUCCCCUCAUUGACUUUACUACACCGAGUAACAGCAGAAACCCUAAACGGCAACGUAUUUCGUCGUCUCCAAUGGAAGACACGUCUGGGUCACAUAAUGUGCGAGAGCUAAUCGCAAGUCUGAUUCGUCUAUGGCUGGCCCUUCUCCAGCGUUCGUACCGGAACAAUCACUUCGUGUUUAUUCACCACACGCAUCAGUUGUGA